CAUACAUCUUCAUCAGCACUUUGAUUCGUGGAUUCUUGUGCAUGUUCAAGCGCACCUAUCAACGUCCCAGCAUUUGAUUCAGCAUCCAGCACCAUCCAUCGGCACAUUCUCUCUCGACCGCCCACAUCUCUUCUCUCAUCGUACCCACGCAGUCAGGCCGCAUACACGAACACGCUCGCCUUUUGCUUCUCUCUCUCUCUCUCUCACUCUCUCACUCUCACACAAGCCUGCCUGAUUGCGGGGCAUGCACAGUCACCCUUUGCGCCGCGCAGUCUUCCUGCCCUUCGACAAUCUUCACUUCCUUGGCCAUCUCACGUAGCUGCACUUCAAAACGCAUCCCCCCCAUCAUGUCAGCAGCUUCGGACUUGGCUUCGCCGGGCCCAAGCGCUGAGCUGUCGGCAGGUGCAGCCGAUGCCCAAUUCUUGCGUCUCGUAGGACAACAUCGACCCCUCGGACCUCACAAACACUUCAACUCCAUCCCCGUCCUCGUCGCGCUCUCUAGACGAUCUGCGAUCAAGAGGGAAGCGGAUGAAGAGCAGCAGGAGGAAGGGAGCGAUGGUAGCAGCCGUGAUCGGACAGUCGAGCUCGAAGGCGAAAGUGGUGGUGGCGGGGCGACGGAUGCUGAGAUUGCUACGUUGGAUGGCCACAUUAUACGCCUCAGAUUGGAUGAGCUGUACGAUGUCAAGGGGCUCGAGGAGCUGGAAGAAGCAGCUACGCGAACUCAAUUCGGUCUGCGCUCCGAGUCCGCUUCUCCUUCUUCGAGUCCCGAAGCAGAUCACGAGACCAGCGGCAUGUCGAGGCGCAACACAUCCUGGAAACAUCCCAGAUUUGGCAGCGGCAUACUGCGAUUGGCGGGUGUGGGCGGUAGAUCGAGAACGUCGACGGCAUCUGGCGCAGUAGAAGGAGAUGCGGGUGGAUCUGCAAGGGCUCAAACACCUUUGGGCCACUCGCUUUUGCCCUCGAUCAUCGCCAAAGGCUCGAGGCAUGAGUUCGGAUUGCCUUUCGACGACGGCUUCGAUGAUUUGGUGCACGCUCGUAGGCUGGUAUCUGCAGAAUCGAAGCACAACGUCAGCAGCGAUGACGAGCUCAGCGAUAUCGAUCCUGAUCGUGAGUACAAGAGAGAAGAGAAUGACGAGGGAGACGACGCCAAGGCCGAUGCCGAGCAGCAAGAGGAAGAUGAUGAGGAAGGUGGAGAAGUGCGAGAAGCGCAGGAAAAGCCUCGCCGUACGCGGGGCUCGACGCAACGGUCUUCCAAAAGGCGAAAGACGGAGAAGGAAGCUGCGGAUGGGGAUGGGGAUCACGAGGAGACCAAUGCGGCCGAGGAGGAGGAGGAAGAGCAGCAGGAUGAAGAUGAAGACGAGCAGAAUGAGGAGGUGGAUGAUGACGAGGAGGAAGAAGAGGAGGAGGAGGAGGAUGAGGCGCAGUCGACACGCUCUGGUCGACGUGGCGGUCAAAGCAGUGCUGAACAUAACAGCCGUAAGCGCACGCGAAGCAACAGGUCUUCAACAGCAGCAGCAGCUGCUGCUCAGCCAGCUUCGGCUUCCAAGGCUGGGACCAAAAAGAAGGGCCAGAGCGAUGCGUCUGGAAGCUCUCUGGCAGUCGAACAAGGCCAACCUUCCAAGUCUACAAGGAGCAGCACGGCACCAAGGAGGAGCACCAGACGUUGAGUUGGUCGCAUCUCUGAACGGGAUAUUGGUCAGUCUUUUGGUCUCAUCGUGCAUCGCAUCAUCGGCACAAAAGCACUGCACAAUAAAGGAACACAUGUAUUUUACAACAAAAAUACAACAAGACGAGCGAGUAUCAUGAAAAGCAAAACGGACUUCUAAGCGUCCCUUGCGAAAGUUCCGACGUACGAGGGGAGAAGUCUUGCAUGCGGAGAAUCGAGUCGCGGACGG